AUGAAUAUAUACAGGCCCUUCAUUCUUGUAAUUUCAUUGAUAGUUGUCUCUAUACUUGUUUUGGCCGGUGCGACCAAAAGCAGAUAUAUAUGUGCAAAAGUCUUAGGCCGAGGAGAGAUAAGUUUUCUGGAUACAUGUUUGCAAACUCAACCUAUGGAGAAAGCUGCCCACAUAUACGAAACAAAAUACUCAAAUGUUAAUGGCAUGGAAAAAACGCAGUUAUCGUAUCAGAUUCUAAACGGACGUGCCAUGAGAAAUGCAAUGGGAACUGGGAGCAGCGGGUUUGACUGUGCCUUUUCCAGAGUCAGCAAUAUGAAAUAUAACCAUAACCAGGAAAUAUCGCAACUUGGAUGCAGCCUUUCCAGCGAGAUCUACAACAAACCGCUACCCAGCAUUGUCCCCAAAUACCAAGAGGUAUAUAUAAACGACUUUUUAACCAAUAUGAACGAGUCCGAAAUAUAUACACUACACACUGAGGAAACAGAAAGGCACAAUGAAAUCAUAAAAUACCACGAAAAUCUAAACAGAAUGCUAACAAAGUUCUGUAUAGAAGCGGCAGGUUCCAACCACAUGACCGAGCAAGAAAAGAUGGAUUGCCUAGUAACAGGGGCCAUUCUGUACGACGCGUUGCGAGAGGAAGUUUUUAACACCAUUUCUUUUGCCUUUUAUAGAUAUACGGAAAUAAGAAAUAUGAUUAUAGACGGAACCACUGAAAUAUCCUAUAAGACUCUUGCGGUUCAGCUCAGAGCGCAGUGCUACUCGUUAGACGGCCUGAUAAAAGCAUUCAGCGACAUAAGUAAAGCCUUCGAAAGGGCAUAUUCUGGUGAGAAAGACCCCACAAACUUAAUACGUCUCGAUAACUCUGCCAUGCGUCUAGAAGACUCUUCCAUUAUUGACGUCCUUCGAACUUGCACGAUUAGUGGAGACUGCAGAGAAAACCAGAACCACGCGUCAAGCCAGCUGCUUCUUUCAAAUAGCUCGGAAGAAAGCAUCCAGGAAAGCAUGGAUUACGUUUUGAAUAACCCAGAAAGUAGUUUGCGCACAGAUCUGAGUCGGCUGGAAACGUUAUUAAAUAUGCUAGAUUAUGCUCCAAGAAAUAACCCGAAUGUGAGCAUAGAAAAGGCUCCUGGAAAGCCGCUGGAUAUUUAUUACUUUUUGGUUGAAGUAUACAACAUCUCUGCUGUGAUGACUAAACAGAUCGAAAUGAACAGAAGGACCCAGAACUUGAUUCAAAUGCAUUAUACUAACCUGUGCAACAAAACAUGCCGCGAAGAGAAGGCGUUGAAAAAGAAGCCCCAGCCCGUGCUAAGCGACUCAACUUCUAAUAGCAAUCCCAUUGGCGCAAGUAUAGCAAUGGGCGUGCUCACAGCCGCUGCAUAUGCUGCAGGAAAUCAAUAG